AGUGACCCAGAGGGUGCUCAGAGAACCCAUAGGGUGCCAUAGGGAUCCAUAGGGGCCCAUAGGGACCAGGUCCCUCUGCACAGCCCACGACCAACCCUCGAGCGUCACCCCUUAGCAAUGAUUUCCCCCCCCAUCCACCCUGACCCACAACCAUUAAUUGCAAUUAAUUACAUCCAUCCAUCCAGCCAAUUCCUUACCCAUCCUUCAAACUCACCCACGCCUCUCCAAUUUAGAAGGAAGGAUGCAUUGGGGGGUGGACCAACAUCACCCCCAACGAUGAUGCUGUCGUCCCCCCCGGCGUCACCCCCUCAACAUUGUCCCCUUCCCCUUCAACCCAGGUUGAAGGAGACCUCAGGCUGGCAGCAAACCUUCUCCAGCCCUCGCUUGGAUUGGCAGAUCGAACGCGUGGCCCUAAACGCCAAAGUUUUGGGGGGUCCUUUGGGUGACCACGACAAAAUGGUGGCGGCCGCAUCCUGCAGCGAAAUCAUCCUCUGGGCUCUACGAGCCGAUGGCAACGGCAACGAGAUCGGCGUCUUCCAUUUGGGCGUCCCGUUGGAAGCGCUCUUCUUCGUUGGCAACCAACUGAUUGCCACCAGCCACACCGGCAAGAUCGGCGUCUGGAAUGCAGUCACCAAACACUGGCAGGUGGGGACGUAUGUCACACAUUGUCACCUGCUGACCCCCCACCCACCCGUCCUUGUUGUCCCCAGGGACACCGGGGAGGUGGCCCAUGGUGACAAUCUCCCCUUGUGUCCCCCCCCAAUCCCCCCAGAUGUGCAGAAGUUCCCGCUGCGCAUGAAGGACAACGACCUCCUGGUGACAGAGCUCUACCGGGACCCCUCCGAGGACGCCGUCACCGCGCUCAGUGUCUACCUCACACCCAAGAGCAGUAAGGGUCACCUCCACGAGGUCCUUGUCACCUCCACGGGCUCCUUGUCACCUCCAUGGCCACCUUGGCACUUCUCUGGCCACCAUGUCACCUCCAUGGGCUCCUUGUCACCUCCACGGGCUCCUUGUCACCUCCACGGGCUCCUUGUCACCUCCACGGGCUCCUUGGCACUUCUCUGGCCACCUUGGCACUUCUCUGGCCACCUUGUCACCUCCAUGGGCUCCUUGGCACUUCCAUGGGCUCCUUGUCACCUCCACGAGGUCCUUGUCACACUCACGGUCACUUUGUCACCCCCACGGCCACCUUGUCACCUCCACGAGGUCCUUGUCACCUCCACGGCCACCUUGGCACUUCCAUGGGCUCCUUGUCACCCCCAUGGCCACCUCGUCACCUCCACGAGGUCCUUGUCACCUCCACGGCCACCUUGGCACUUCCAUGGGCUUCUUAGAUCUUUGGGGUCCACCAGUGGUCUUUGGAGCUCUCCAGUGGUCUUUGGGGCUCUCCAAAAUGCUUUUGGGAUCCACCAUCGAUCUUUGGGGUCCACCAUCGAUCUUUGGGGUCCACCAGUGAUCUUUGGGGUCCACCAGCAAUCUUUGGAGCUCUCCAAUGAUCCUUGUGUCUCUCAGACAUGCGUCGCGCUUCCACCGAUGAUCUUUCGAUCUCUCCAGAUGAUCUUUGGGAUCCGUCCCCAACGCCUCCCAUCCCACCCCCUAAAUCCCCCCUCCCCCCUUUUUUCCUCAGUGUGUGCCGACAACAACCACGUCCGGACGUGGACGGUGACCCGUUUCCGUGGGAUGAUCUCCACUCAACCUGGAUCCACGCCGUUGGCAUCCUUCAAAGUUUUGGCUUUGGAGGACAUCGACGGCCACGCCGGUUGCGCAGCCGGCACCGACAUCGGACCCUUCGGGGAGCGCGACGACCAGCAGGUCUUCAUCCAGAAGGUGGUGCCCGACACGUGCCGCGUCUUCGUCCGGCUUUCGUCCACCGGUAAGAGGGUCUGCGAGGUGCGUGCUGUGGAUGGUUCCACCAUCACUGCCUUCACUGUCCAUGAGUGCGAGGGAUCGCGGCGCGUCGGGUCGCGGCCGCGCCGGCGCCUGCUGACCGGGCACGCCAAUGGCAGCCUGCAGCUCUGGGACCUCAGCACCGCCAUGGAGAUGGGGGGCAGACCCCAAGAGCCGGGGGUUCCGACCCCCCAGGAGCUGCUGCAGCAAUUGGAGCACUGCGAUCUGCUGGGAC